AUAAUUUAUAAUAUUUAUAUACCUAACAGCCUAGAAUGAAAGACGUACAUACACACAAUUAACUGUCUAUUACAAUCUGAAGAAAAUUCCUAUAAUUAGAAAAGACACACCUCACACAUAGAGAAUUAGUUGUAAAGAUUUUAUUGUAUAAUGGAAGAAGAAGAUAGGUCACAUUAUAUAUAUCUUUUAAAAAAUCUCCCAACUUGUUUGGCAACUCUUUUCGAAAAUGAUAAUGAAGAAGAAGGAUCUCGAGAAAUAGCUGUUGCUCUAAUGACCUGUUUUGCUGUGUAUCUAAAAAAAUAUGCGUUUACUGUAUUGAGAGAUUUUAGAACUAAACAAAUUGUCCAGAUAUAUAAAUCACUAAUUAGCAAAGGCAAUAAGCAUGUAGAGUCUCCUGAAGCUUGGCAAAGAGCCUUAAAAUUGGAAGCAAAAAGAGAAAGAAAAUUUGUUAUGAAUACUAUGACGACUACUACUAGAGAGAAACUUGUUCUAUUGAUGGAAGAAUAUAGAGUGCCAUCAGAACAAUGGUAUUUACUUCUAAAUUUGUUGUUAAAUGUUCAAAAGCAUAUGAAAGUUUUGCCUAAUGGUAGUGUACAAUUACCACCUGGAAAAGAGAUAGAUGAUAUCAUAAACAUAAUCUAUAGAGAUGAAAUGGAGCAAAUUUAUGUAUUUACAUAUUCACUAAUUGCACGCUUACGGAGAUUCUACUCUAUUAGACAAAUUGUGAGAGUAUUAGUUGACUAACGAA